AUGCUUUGCCUAGAGAUUGUUGAGGUGCACGCACCUGAUAGAGUGAUGCGUCAGUUUGGUCGUCCCCAACAUAUACCUGCGAUUCCUAGUUGGGGAACCAACCACCACGUGCAUGAUCAGCGUAGGAGGCUUGGAUCGGAGGUUCUUGAAAUGUUGGAUAAAUAUUUUCGUGAUUGGGGUAAUCGACAUCAGAGUUUAGCGGUUGAGGUAGAUGAUGGUACUAGAGGGGCAGGGUAUAAAUUGUGGUACAUGCGGUAUGGAAGGUUGCUUAUAGUGGCAGAGAGACACAGCCUUAGCUUCACAUGGUGA